AUGUCAGAGGAGCACGAUCAGAACAAGUCGGGCGGUGCGUUAGACGCUCCACCACAAGCUACCUCGGCUAGUGGUGGGCCCGCCGCUAAUACGACGCUACCCGAGUACACUGCGCAUGCGGUGCCUGUCACCCAACCGUCGGUUGCAUUCAUUGAGCCCAAGACCGCUGCAGCUCCCGCUCCGGCCGCGACUCCAGCUCCUGCCCCUACUUCCAACCCACCUCCUUCAGUGUCAGGGCCCAAGACGUAUGCCAUCGAAGAGACACCUAUACACGGACCUAAAAAGCCUGCCGCUGAUGACAAGAAGGCUGAAACUGUGGAUAUUUCGGAGCACAUGCUCUCGAUUGAGGAUAUUCAAAAGAAGUACAACGUGAGCGUUGAUCCCGCGAAACCGGCUGCCUCCGCCGGACUUUCGACAGCGGAAGCUCAGAAGCGGCUCACAGAACAAGGGCUGAAUCAGCUCAGCCCGCCCAAAAAGCGGCAUCCAUUCCUGAAGUUCAUGGAUCAUCUGCUGGGUCUCUUCAAUCUCAUGCUGUUGGCAGCUGGUAUCGCCGCGUACAUUCUUUUUGGCAUUGACACCGUGGGAAACAAGCCCAAUCUUUGGCUGGGAGCGAUUCUUAUCAUUGUGGCCUUUCUCAACGCCACUAUUGAGUUUGUGCAAGGACAGAAGAGUGCUGCCAUUUUGGAGUCAUUCUUGAAUUUGAUCCCGGCAAAGUGUUACGCUAUCCGCGAUGGGAAAGUUUCUCAAACACCGGCAGUCGAGCUUGUCCGCGGUGAUAUCGUGUAUGUGCGCAGUGGAGAUAAGGUUCCGGCCGAUUUGUACAUCUUCGCCGCAAACGAGUUCAAGGUCGACAACUCUUCCCUCACGGGCGAAGCUGAUCCGCAAGAACGAAAGGCGAAGAACACCCACACGAACCCUCUCGAGGCCACCAAUCUGGUUUUCAACGGAACCCUUUCGGUGAAUGGCGAUGGCUACGGUAUCGUCGUGCGCACUGGAGAUCACACGGUGAUUGGGCAGAUUGCCUCCAUGACUGCAAACGAAUCUCGGGGAAAGUCUCCUUUGACGACCGAAAUCGACCAUUUCGUGAAGCUGAUUGCUGGUGUCGCGGCCGUUGUCGCUAUUGUUUUCUUCAUCCUGGCCAUCUGUGCAAAGGGGCUCAGCGUUUCCAACGCUUUGAACUUCGCCAUUGGGACCUUCGUUAGUUUCGUCCCGGAAGGUCUUCCUGCGACUGUCACGAUCCUAUUGACAUUCGCUGCGAAGCGCAUGGCCUUGAGGAAUGUCCUCGUCAAGGACUUACAAGGAGUGGAGACACUUGGCGCUAUCACGUUGCUGGCGACGGACAAGACAGGAACCUUGACUCGAAACCAAAUGACGGUCACCUACAUCUGGACUGGAGGCGAGCUUUACUUCGCACAGAAUGUCUCCGAAUCAUCCUCCGAUGCGCAAGAAGCGAAAGUUUUGGACAUGAAUGCACCUGCCGUCAAUGAGAUUGUCCACAUCGAAGCGCUCUGCUCUCGUGCUAGAUUCGAAACGACCGAAGGGCCUGUCUCGGAACGCCCCGUACUGGGAGAUGCAACGGAAACGGGUUUACUACGUCAUGCCGCUUCGAGGAUUACAAGCUUCGAUGGAGUGUAUGACAAAUACCCCAAGGUCCUCGAGAUUCCCUUCAACUCCGAAAACAAGUGGGCGAUGACGAUCCAUAAAAAACAGCACGCGAACGGUGACCUUAUGGUAUACCUGAAAGGCGCCCCUGAGCGUGUGCUACGAAUUUGUUCCCACUUCUUCGAAGGCGACAAGGCGGUUGAGAUGACUGACGAACACAAGCAGCGAUUCGAGAAAACGUAUACCUUUAUGGCCUCAAAGGGACACCGUGUACUUGCGUUCGCUGCAUUGGCUUUGCCACGUGACAAGUAUCCGGAAGAUUUUGUCUUCACAAAGGACCCCGCUAACUACCCUUCGACCGGAUUGACGUUCUACGGCUUGGUCUCGCUUGAAGAUCCCCCGAAGCACGGUGUCCGUGAAGCCAUUGGACACUGUCGUGAAGCCGGCAUCAAAGUGAUGAUGGUCACCGGUGACCAUCCUCUCACUGCCGAGGCCAUCGGACGCAAGAUCAACUUGAUGUUGCAAGACACCAAGGAGAUGAUCGCUGCCAAGAGGGGUGCAUCGGUCGACAGCAUCCCGGAAACCGAUGUCAACGCCAUUGUGAUCCACGGGGAGCAGAUCGACAGGCUCACCGAUGCGGAUUGGGACAACAUCUUCAGCAAAGAGGAAAUCAUCUUUGCGCGCACAUCGCCCAAGCACAAGUUGCAAAUUGUCAAGCGUGCACAAGCACAUGGUCACAUCGUAGGUGUGACCGGAGAUGGUGUCAACGAUUCGCCCGCUCUGAAGAAAGCGGAUCUGGGCAUUGCGAUGAACAUCAGUGGAAGCGAUGUCUCAAAAGAGGCUGCUGCCAUGAUCUUGGUCGAUGAUAACUUCGCCAGUACCGUCAGUGGUAUUGAAGAAGGACGUCUCAUCUUCCAGAACCUGAAGAAGUCUAUCCAGUACACGAUUAGCCACACGAUGCCGCAAGUCAUUGCGAACAUUACGUACAUCAUCAUCCCACUUCCUAUUCCUCUCGGAUCUAUGCUUAUCUUGGUCACUGAUUUGGGCUUCGAACUGCCGAACGCGCUGAGUUACGCUUGGGACCCUCCGGAAAACAGGGCCGGCCUCAUGAAGCUCUCGCCUCGUAAGCCUGUGACACCUGGAUCCAUCGCGAGGUUGAAGAGACGGCAGGCGGAAGAGCUUGCCAACGGACCUCCAACUGACCCCGAAUCCGGCAUCACCGCACCGAACACGAUUGGAGCCAAGAUUCGCAGGUUCUUCGCUGGUAUCGCUGCCCUUUUCACGGCCAAGUAUUGGAGGGACACCUUCGAGAAGACGGACGAGGAAGUCCUUGUGGAUCGCGGAGUGCUCUCUUGGGCUUAUCUCGAAGCGGGAGUCAUCGAGUCGUUGGGAUGUUUGCUCACCUACUUCGUCGCGAUCUGGUACUUCAACAAGGUUACCCCUACGGACUUGCAGAAGCAUGGCUCGGACUGGGGUCAGAACAAGGGGCCCAUCACACUUGGCGAUGGACGGGUGUUGGACAACGACGCUCAAAUCGAUGUGAAUAACGUCGGACAGUCGGGUUACUACGUUGCCCUGUUCGUCCAACAAUGCUUCAACCUGUUCAUCUGCAAAGCACGUCUCGGCUACCCCAUCGGACGCGGCAUGUUCUCCAACAAGCAUAACUUCGGUGGUGUGAUCCUCGGUUUCUGCCUCGUGGUCUUCUUCGUCUACGUGCCGCCUUUGAACAUUGCUUUCUCGACGAGCUGGCACUUGGGCCCUCUCAUUUGGCUCGUCCCGAUGGCGAUGGGUGUUCUCUUGUUCGGAUAUUCAAUUCUCCGAACAUAUAUCAUUCGCAAGCGCAACCCUAUCGCGUACUCUCGCGACGUCGUUGGGCUUCAAAUGUACCCUACCAGAUGGUCUACUCGUGGAUGA